CGCCCUUUGACGUGGCAGACCACGGUGGCAAUUGUGAGCCUCAAGUAGUCUCGUCCGAGUUCCGCGGGGGGCUUCCUCACUGGUGGAGAGUUGCGACGCCUUCCCCCUUCCCUUGCCUUGUGUCUCGACCAUCUGAGAUACCCCGCCUACUUUGAUCUUAGGCAGGAGUCAUCCUAGACUAUCUCCGCCAUCUCUCUUCGACAACACAACACUUUCCCGGGGCGAAUCCUCUUCGCCUUCUCUUGAGACUUGCGCCGUCCCGUAUUCUCUGGGCCAAUUAACCGGGAAGUGUCUCGUGGUCCCCUAACUAGCGGUCGCGGGCGAACCUGGGUCAGCAAGAUGACGUCUACCCGUAAUCCGCUGGAGGACUUCGUCCUCACCCCGCAGCAACAGAAUCUGCUGUUUGCCGCCCUCAAUUCCAACAAGCCCAGCAACAAGCAGACAAGUUCCAUUCUCAAUAUGUCGCCGCUACAGUUUGAUGGAUCUCCCAAUCAGCACACCGACGGAUUGGCGAGCUUCCAGGGCAGUCCAGAAUUCGACUACGACUAUGACUUCAACGGACCAGACUCGAGCCUUGAUUUCUUUGACGCCGGCAACCAGCCCAAGAUGAUUGGGGACCUUCCUGGCGCCCCAAGGUCCUCCAAAUCGGAUUCGCCCGAUAAUGAGUCCCCAGAAAAGCGAAGUCAUCCUGACGACGGAGAGGAAAAUACAGGGGCCAAGAGGCGGGAAAGUGAGGAUAAAGUCGCAAAAAAACCAGGCAGGAAACCUCUGACCACGGAACCAACUUCUCGGAAGGCCCAGAAUCGGGCCGCCCAGCGAGCAUUCAGGGAACGCAAGGAAAAGCAUCUGAAGGACUUAGAGAAUAAGGUCCAGGAAUUGGAGAAGCUGUCCAAAACUGCGACCAGCGAGAAUGAAAUGCUCCGGGCCAAGAUUGAUGCCAUCACGGCCGAGUUAAACCAGUACAAGAAGCAAGUAUCCAUGCUAUCGGGUAGCCGCCUUGCCCACCAGGGCCCGGCCCGGCCAUUCGGCCAUGCCUUCUUCAAGGGCAUGAAUGACGUCAAUUUCCAAUUCGAGUUCCCCAAGUUCGGCUCUCUUCCAGGCCAACCGGUCAAGAACGAGCCGAAGCAAUCUUCGAGUGGACCAUCUUCCUCGGCUUCCGCAAAGCGGAACAGUGCUGACCAGCCAAGUCCAACCGAUAACUCGCGCAAUGGCGCCAGCCCGAGCAACUCGAGUAGCUACAGUCAGAAUGGUUCCGAUUCCCAAUCGAAGGGGGAUUUGGCCGACGGCUCCUUUGGUUUCACUACACCACCUCAGGACACCGGCAAUGGCCCAUUCGGUUCGUCCUUUAGCUUGGACUCGCAUUUCAAUGGUGGCAGCGCCAGAUCGGCAAGCUCGCCGUCUGUUUCCUCGAAUUCCAACGUUGGCGGCAACAGCUCUUCAUGUGGAACGUCUCCGGAGUCCUUUACCCAGUCUCCGAUGGGCUUCAAACCUGUUGAUACUCUGGCUACCAUUGGAGAGGAGCAGCCGGGCUUUGACGGCUUAUCACAAGGUAUUGGUCAUUUUGGAAACACCGGCUUCGAUGACUUUGCCCAGUGGCUGCCCCAGUCGGACUAUCAAUUCAAUCCGCAGUUAUUCGGCGAUUACCGCGAGCCCCAGGAGAGUAUACUGUCGCAAGGGCUCGAUGAUAGCUUCUUCAAUGACGCGCUUGAUGCGGAUUUCAUCACGCCGUACAACCUACCCAUAACGGGCCCUACGGCCCCCAAAAAGGAUCUCGUUGCCCAAAUCGACGCAGCCAAGGAAGCGGAUGAGGCGGAUGGUGACUCCAAAUUGCUGGGUUAUGAUAAGAUCUGGGAGAAAUUGAGCACUUGCCCCAGGGUAGCAACGGGCGAGUUCGAUCUGGAUGGCCUCUGUGCGGAUCUUCAAAAGAAAGCGAAGUGCUCCGGCGGCAAGCAGGUGGUUCCAGAAGAAGAUUUCAACAAGGCCGUCAAGAAGUACCUUUGCAACGACGGCGACGUACCUGAGGCAUGCUCCGCAACGCAGUCUUGAUGCCGCAGUCAUGCUUUCUUCGUUGCUCUAUACUAUUGUACAACAGAUCAGGUGGCUUGGCUCUCGACACCCGGUUAUAUGGAUAAAACGCAUCAGGGGGUGGCCCGAAAUAAGGGCCUAUCAAAAUAGUGGUCUUGGAGAGGAAGUUGAGGCGACGCCCCUGCGGGUCA